CGCGCCAGUGGCGGGAGCACGUGGCGCGCGGCAGCUGCGCGGUCCCUCCGGCCCAACGGGAGCAGAGCGGGAGCGGCCGUGGCCGUGGCCACCCUUCCUUCCCCACGGCAGGGCUAGUGUCGCGGCUCGGCCGCCGCCUGGCCGCCAUGGGCCGGCGAGCGCGGGACCGCCGGCGGCAGCAGCAGCAGCAGCAGCGGCAGGAGCGGGGCGGCGGCGGCGCCGGGGACCAGGCGGGCUGGGCCGGCGGCUACCCCGAGAUCGUGAAGGAGAACGAGCUGUUCGAGCGGUACUACCAGGAGCUGGGCAUCGUGCCCGCCGGCGAGUGGGACGCGUUCAUGGCGGCGCUGCGGGAGCCGCUGCCCGCCACGCUGCGCAUCACGGGCUACCGCAGCCAUGCCAAAGAGAUCCUCCACUGCUUGAAGGAAAAAUACUUCAGGGAGCUGCAGAACCUGGAGGUGGAUGGUCAAAAAGUCGAGAUGCCACAGUCGCUGAGCUGGUAUCCGGAAGAGUUAGCCUGGCACACUAACUUGAGUAGAAAAAUCUUACGCAAGUCCCCACAACUGGAAAAGUUUCAUCAAUUUCUGGUUAGCGAGACAGAGUGUGGAAAUAUCAGUCGUCAGGAGGCUGUUAGUAUGAUCCCACCUCUGCUGCUUAACGUUAGCCCUCAUCAUAAGAUUCUAGAUAUGUGUGCUGCACCUGGAUCUAAGACGGCACAACUCAUUGAAAUGUUGCAUGCAGACAUGAAUGUUCCUUUUCCCAAGGGUUUCGUAAUUGCUAAUGAUGUCGACAACAAGCGCUGCUAUUUGCUGGUUCAUCAGGCUAAGAGAUUAAACAGUCCAUGCAUCAUGGUGGUAAAUCAUGAUGCCUCCAGCAUUCCUAACCUACAAAUAGAUGUUGAUGGAAGAAAAGAGAUCCUCUUCUAUGACAGGAUUUUAUGUGAUGUCCCCUGCAGUGGAGAUGGAACCAUGAGGAAAAACAUUGAUGUAUGGAAGAAGUGGACAACACAAAACAGUUUGCAGCUCCACGGAUUGCAGCUGAGAAUUGCAACCCGUGGUGUUGAACAGCUGGCAGAAGGUGGGAGAAUGGUGUAUUCUACGUGUUCAUUGAAUCCUAUCGAAAAUGAAGCUGUGAUCGCAUCUCUGCUGGAAAAAAGUCAAGGUGCCUUAGAACUUGCUGAUGUCUCUUCCGAGUUACCAGGCUUGAAGAGGAUGCCAGGAAUUACAAAAUGGAAGGUAAUGCUGAAAGAUGGACAGUGGUUUGAAGAGUGGAAAGAUGUGCCUUCAAAUAGACAAACACAAAUACGUCCCACUAUGUUUCCAGUAAAAGAUGAAGAGAAGCUAAAGGCAAUGAAUCUAGAGCGUUGUCUUAGGAUAUUGCCACAUCACCAGAACACAGGCGGUUUCUUCGUGGCUGUGUUAAUAAAAAAGUCUCCCAUGCCAUGGAAUAAACGUCAGCCUAAGGUUCAUCAGAAGUUACCACAAAGAACAGGAGAUACUGAAGUGACAGCAACUAAUUCAGAUAAUGGUUCUGACUGUAUUACUGAAGAACCAAUACUUGCUGAAAAUGAAGAGUCUAAGAAAAUGGAAGGAUUGCAGAAUUUGGACACUGAGCAAAGCAAAAAGGAAGGAGUAUGUGGACCACCACCAUCUAAAAAAAUGAAGUUGUUUGGUUUUAAAGAAGACCCUUUUGUCUUUCUCCCUGAAGAUGAUCCACUGUUCCUUCCUAUCCAGAAGUUUUAUGCAUUGGACCCAUCAUUUCCUAAGAUGAAUUUACUGACUCGAACUCAAGAAGGAAAGAAGAGACAGCUGUACAUGGUUUCUAAGGAGCUAAGGAAUGUGCUUCUGAACAACAGUGAGAAGAUGAAGGUUAUUAACACAGGGAUAAAAGUCUGGUCUCGCAACAGUGAUGGUGAACAGUUUGGAUGUGCAUUCCGAUUAGCACAAGAGGGAAUUUAUACUCUGUACCCAUUCAUUAAUGCGAGGAUUAUAAGUGUUUGCAUAGAAGAUGUUAAAAUUCUGCUAACCCAGGAAAAUCCAUUCUUAACUAAAUUUAGCAGUGAAACACAGAAGAAAGUCAAAGACAUGGCAAUGGGAAGUGUAGUUCUGAAGUAUGACCCAAACCCUGAAAAACCUGAUGAUCUUCAGUGUCCAAUAGUGCUGUGUGGUUGGCAAGGCAAGACGUCACUCCGUGCCUUUGUGCCCAAGAAUGAGAGACUUCAUUACCUGAGGAUGAUGGGAGUUGAAGUGUUUAAAGCAAAGAAGAAAGAGGAGGAAUUGGAAAACAAAACUGAGGAAGAAGUUCAACAUAAGCUGGCGCAAACAGAGGACGGAAUGGAUGUGGAAGAUAAAGAACACGAUUUAGUCACAAAAAUGGAAGCAGAAAUAGGUGAAGAAUCUUCCCAGAGUCCUGUGGAAAGCAGUGCUAUGGAAACAGAAAAUAAAACUGAGGAUUUAGAUCAAUCCAGUAAAAAUGCCACCACUCACAUAAGCAAGGAAAGCAAAGGCACGGAUACAAGUACUGUGAAAGAUUAGAUUUCUUUUGUAUUGCUUGGCAGCUUCCACGAGGCUCAUAUACAACUUUUGCUUUUAGCAUGAAACUGUAUUUUAAAAUUUCGGUUGGAAUGGGAUGUUCCUCUUUUGAAGUUUCACCUAUUUUAUAUUUUAAACGAAAGCUGUAAAGAGAUUUCGAGCGUGUCUUCUUUUUACCAUUUUAAACUCCCUAUUAGUGGUGGGUUUGCGUGUCUGUUGCUGGCAAAGGACCAGCACCAGUAAAAUCUAAAGCCCAUAUUUUAAAUGGAACAAAUGGACUGCCUGUGUAACUAGUCAAUUCCUUCAGGAGAAAAGCCUGGAAUUUCAUUCAAAGUACAUAAGUUCCAAAAAAAAUUAUUACCCCACCUACACCCAAUCUGAUUACUACUUCUGCAGGUUCUUUAAUGGAUAAGAGAAUCAGCAUGAGUAUGCAUACAAAUGUGCAUGUGGCAUAUCUGGCUACUAGUCUGGUUAACAGUUGUUCAAAACAAAACCAUAUACGGCAUCCUGGAAAAAAAAAAGCAGAAUGCAUUUUACUGGAGACUGAUGUCUGAGAUUCUUCUUCAGAGUGAUUAAUUGCUUGACAGACACAACUAGUAAAUGUCGUUAACUAGAUCUUUAGGUGUGCUGAACAUGCCUUGAACUCCUCUCUUGAAAUGUGCCUGGUAAGAAUCUGUGACCACCCUCCGGAUCUACUGGGGGUCAUCUGUUUCUCUGUCAGUUUUUCAAGUGAGAGUCAUAUCUACUUUUUCCAAGAUACUUGUUUACAGCUGAAGUAAUAGUUAAAAAAAAGUGUGGUGGUAUAUAUGUUGUAUAGUAGAUAUUUACAAGAGGUUAUGUAGGUUCAAAAGGUUAAUUACUUAAUCUGACUUGGAAAAAAAAAAGGUUGGCUACCUCAGAAUCUUCAAAUAUAAAUUCCAUCCUUUGUGGAUUAGUUUCAGCGGUACUCUCUGCUUGUAUCAAGUUGACCUGAAAGGAAAGUGACCAGUGGUACAAGGUACUAUCCUCCUCUAGAGCCAUCGUGAUGCAAAUACUCGUUUUGCUUGUCAAAAUGAAUUUUACCAUGUGUAGUUUUACUGAUGGAGUCGUAAUGUGGCUUAGACACAUUUGCUGUACCUUGCUACAACAGACUUUCUGAUGCUUGCCCUUGAACUACUUCAUCAAAGGGAGUAUUCUUGAGGGACAGACAUAAAAGUGAAAUAAUGCUGUGUCCUCUGAUGAGAUAUUAGUCUCAUGCAGUGAAGAACCAUUGGCAGGACUCAUUUUCCUCAUGAGAGUCCAUAAAAUAGGUUAAUAAAAAAUGAGUUCUUGCCCUUGUA